GUAGCUAACCUUUUGGCCUUCCUCCUCUGCCUUGUCUUUUAUCCAAAGUCACCGUCCGCAGUCAGAAGCUUUUACAUUUAUUUAUAUAAAGGAAACUCGAUCCUCACUCAAAAUCCAAAGGAAAGAUAACCCACAUCAAAUCUCAAUGGAGAUUAGUGCCCCAGUCCCCCAUGGCCCCUCCUCCUCUUUCUCAAGUCCCCGGGCCUACCUCCGAGCCCUGGCUGACACACCCACCCGCCUCGCUCGCCGGGCCAGUUCCGUCUCCACCUCCUACGACGAAAUGAGCGCCGUCCGAGCUCGCUCCGGCCCCCACAUGCAGAAGACGCUCCGCUGGUUCGACCUCGUCGGAUUGGGCCUCGGCGGGAUGGUCGGUGCUGGCGUCUUUGUCACCACCGGUCGUGCCAGUCGCCUCUACGCCGGCCCAGCUAUCGUCAUCUCCUACGCCAUUGCCGGAUUCUGCGCUCUUCUCUCCGCCUUCUGCUACACUGAGUUCGCCGUCGACAUGCCCGUUGCUGGCGGCGCCUUUAGCUACCUCCGCGUCACCUUCGGUGAAUUCGUGGCGUUUUUAACCGGAGCGAACCUGGUGAUGGACUACGUAAUGUCGAACGCCGCCGUCGCGAGGGGCUUCACCGCCUACUUGGGCUCUGCAAUCGGCGUCCCCGCCGCCAAAUGGAGGUUCACUGUCUCCGUACUCCCCGACGGAUUCAAUCAGACCGACGUCGUCGCCGUCGUCGUCGUUUUAACCAUUACGCUUAUCAUCUGCUACAGUACGAAGGAGAGCUCUGUUUUGAACAUGGUGCUGACGGCGGUGCAUAUAAUUUUCAUCAUGUUUGUUAUAGUCGCUGGAUUCUGCAAAGGGGACUGGAACAACUUCACGCACCCGGCCGACCCGGCUCGGCCAUCCGGGUUUUUUCCUUACGGGGUUUCGGGUGUGUUUAAUGGGGCAAGUAUGGUUUACCUCAGCUACAUCGGGUACGACGCCGUAUCGACGAUGGCGGAAGAGGUGAAGAAUCCGGUUAAGGACAUCCCAAUCGGCGUGUCGGGCUCAGUCUUGCUCGUCACCGUCCUCUACUGCUUAAUGGCGGCGUCCAUGUCGAAGCUCCUCCCGUACGACGCGAUCGACCCGGAGGCUCCGUUUUCGGCAGCGUUCAGGGGGAAGUGGGAGUCGAACGUGAUCGGAGUGGGGGCCAGUUUUGGAAUUCUAACGUCACUGCUUGUGGCCAUGCUGGGCCAGGCGCGUUACAUGUGUGUCAUCGGACGGUCCAGGGUUGUCCCUGGUUGGUUCGCUAGGGUCCACCCUAAGACAUCCACGCCUGUCAACGCCUCCGCUUUUCUCGGUAUCUUGACAGCCGCAAUUGCGCUUUUCACGGAUCUGAAUGUCCUUCUCAACCUUGUAUCCAUCGGAACGCUAUUUGUUUUCUACAUGGUGGCCAACGCUGUGAUUUUUAGGCGCUAUGUCGUGGUGGGGACGACCAAUCCACGACCUACAUUAUCAUUCCUGUGCUCAUUUUCCCUCACCUCUAUCAUCUUCGUCUUCAUUUGGCAUUUCGCACCACGAGGGAAGCUGAAAGCCUUCAUGCUUGUUGUCACCGCAGCAAUUGCGGUUUCAAUGCUGCAAAUUUUCCAUUUCCAGGUUCCACAAGUGAGAAAGCCGGAAUAUUGGGGCGUCCCCUUGAUGCCAUGGAUGCCAUCCAUCUCCAUCUUCUUGAACAUAUUUUUGUUGGGGUCUAUGGACAAGCCAUCCUAUGUGAGGUUCGGAGUCUUUUCGGGAGUUACCGUGCUCGUGUACGUGUUCUAUAGCGUUCAUGCUAGCUUUGAUGCAGAAGGAAGUGGAUCUCUCAAUCAAAAGAACGGUGAAUUUCAGAGAGAAUCAGCUCAAGAAAGUAAUGAUCCAAGUCUUGGAGUGUAGAUAUUUCAUCUAUUGACUUGUAAUUGUGAUGUUGAUGGACCAAUUAGAGAGGGAAAACAAGGAGAAGAGAAAAGGUUAGGAAGAAUAGAUGGCGCGCAUCUUUGCCCAAAUGACAAAUGUAUAGUUUGGUGUUUGGUGGGUACUUGAAAAAGCAAAGCUUUUUAGGCUAUGGUUCCUUUACCCGGCUGGCAAUGUAAUCCCAUCAACUUUAUCGUUGGAUGUUGAUCUCA